UGUAAACAAAUAAAUAGCAUGUGUCUCAAAGAAAUCGGCAUACACACAUUUUUUUUGUAAUUUGUCUCACUUUUUCCGUAGCCUUAAAUAUUCAUCAACUUUCAAAUAAAGUGUUUUCUUCGAUAUAAACUAAUUUUGGCCUUAAAAUUUUGAAAACUAUUUUGAUCUAAGAUUUUAAUCGGAGUAAAUCUUAACUGAAAAUGAAUUUCUCCUUCAUGAAUAGAUUUUCUAUCACGUUCUCAGUCUUUCGACGCCUGUGUAGACAAAUCAAUAGUUUUUCCGCCCGGACUCAUACUUGUGGAGAAUUGAAUUCCUCUCAUGUUGACCAAAAUGUUGUUGUAUGUGGGUGGACUACAUUUCACAGGCUGGAUAAAUUUAUUGUGCUUCGUGAUGCUUAUGGAUGUACUCAAAUAAUCUUUAAAGAAAAUGAUAAUUUAGCUCGUAAAUUUUUAAAAUCAUUACCUCUUGAAUCAGUUGUGCAAGUUAAAGGAGUUGUUCAGAAACGGCCACCUAAGGACAUAAAUAAAAUUCAAAACCUAACUAAAGAUCUGACUGAUUCUGGUCUUGAUAUUGCUUCCAAGUCUGCAAGUGAUCCCGACUUCAUCUUAGGUGCCAUUGUUUUACCUAAUGGAAAGAAUCUACUUAAAAAUUCCUUUAUUAAAGAAUUGCAAAAGGAUGCUGAACAGAUAUCAUUGAAUUUUUACCCUAUCUCCAUCAAAGACAAUAUGUCAUGGACAAGUGCUAUUUCCAAGCAUGUCAGAACUGAUGUCCAAAAUAAUAUCAAUAAAAAAUACAAUGUGAAGCCAGGAGAUGUGAUAUUUUUAGCAGCUGGAAAAUAUAUGUGUACUAGUAGUUUCUUAGGCAAACUAAGAAUCAAGUGUGCAGACUAUCUUCGAUCAAAUGGUGUAGAUUUAACUAGAUGGGAUGAAUAUGCAUUUGUGUGGAUUACAGAUUUCCCCCUAUUCUUACAGAAUGAAACAGGGGCGUUAGAGUCAGCCCAUCACCCUUUUACAGCUCCUCAUCCAGUUGAUGUAGAGUUGGUAUAUACCAAUCCUAAAGAAGCCAGAAGCCAACACUAUGAUCUUGUUUUAAAUGGGCAGGAAGUGGGAGGAGGAUCUAUACGGGUACAUGAUCCCCUUCUACAAAAGUAUAUAUUGGAGGACAUACUUAAGGAAAGCACAAGUAAUCUAAAACACUUACUAGAUGCCUUGGCCAGUGGAUGUCCUCCCCAUGGUGGAAUUGCUUUAGGUAUUGACAGAAUAUUAGCAAUAGUAUGUGGGUGUCAUAGCAUAACUGACGUGAUUGCAUUUCCUAAAUCAAUGGAUGGAAAAGACCUAAUGUCUGGGGCUCCAUCCCCAAUAACAGAAGAAGAUCAACGUAUAUAUCAUAUUAAACCAAUCAUGCCUAAAUUAAAUUAAUUUUUCA